GCCUACCAAUUUAGUCAAAAGAAUAUGCUUCUGUUUUGUCCAACAUGUGGGAAUGUGUUGAUUGUAGAGGAAGGACAGAAGUGCUAUCGAUUCGCCUGCAACACAUGUCCGUACGUGCAUAACAUUACUAGGAAGGUAAACAACAGGAAGUAUCCCAAACUGAAAGAGGUUGAUGAUGUGCUUGGUGGAGCUGCAGCCUGGGAAAAUGUGGAUUCCACGCCAGAAAAAUGUCCCAAGUGUGAGCACCCCCGAGCAUUCUUCAUGCAGAUUCAGACUAGAUCUGCAGAUGAACCGAUGACAACGUUCUACAAAUGCUGCAAUUAUGAGUGUGGACAUCGCUGGAGAGACUAAACUGGUGUUCAAUAGGAUCUCUACCUGAGAACACUAGUUGAGUCAGAUAACCUGGUUUUAUGGUGUAUGUGCUGUAGCCAAAUCUUCUGUUGUCAUGCCAGACAGCUUUGGCAUAACAGUGAAUAAACAGGAGUUUGCUAAUAGCACAAACAGACUGGACCACAUGACUUCUAGUUGACAACACCAUUGGUGCCAAGCGUGUUGGGGAAAAAGUAGCAAGAGUUGGUGUAAUAUACAUUUCUACCAAAUGUACUUCAUACACAAGAGUAUGUCCUUACUUUAUUUAUCAUUGUGAUUAGUUAACUUCUCUGGGUUGUUUCCUAUUACAUUCAGAAGUCAAUUGCACUUCCAAUUUAUAGCUGAAGAUACAUACUUUGUGUUUGAGUAGUUGCCAAAUGACCAGAAUCCAUUGUUGGUGUCAUUAUUUGAUUUCUCCUAGAUGUUUAACAUACUAUAAAAUUACUGUUUUUGGAUUGAAAGAGUAUGACCAUCUGACAAAUUACUAAUAAUGUAAAAUCACAAAUACUGGUUUGUUAUGUUAAAAUAACUGCACUGUAUGCAACAGUAAUGACCCAACUUAUCAUUUAGAUGUACAUUAUACCAUUUUUUUUGAGGGGGCAACAGACCAAACUAGCUACCAACAACAAAAGCCAUCAUUGUGUUCAAAGUUAAAUACAAUCCCUAAACUCUU